AUGGAGAGCUUACCCGGAACGGGCGACGACGUCCAUGGCUCUAUGCCGGAUGCGUCCCGCACGUCACUCGACUCUCCAAUCCAACCGGGGCCUGUCUCUGGGCAAACACUCUCUCGAUCCUCAUCAUUGUUACAGAAUCGAUCAUCACUUCCACCGCGUGCCCAACCAGGGGCCCGACAUGCGAAACGGUUGACUUUGAACUUCCCCAUCAACAUCCCGCUGGACCAGCCGCCAUCCGCCACGGACCCUAGUGUCGCCUCCCCCGGAUCCAUGACCCCUGUCACGCAGUCCUCGACUCGUCCGUCCCCCGCCACCCCCGGUGCUCCUAUCCCCUUAGACGUCGAUGAUGAUGGUAUCGAUUUCCUUCGGGCCAUCGCCUCGCAAGAGCGGAGGGUGAUGGAGCUCCGGGAGGAGCUGUCUCGGGCUGAGACGGACCUGUCAACUCUGAAGAAACAAUGGGCGCAGUCUGAGAAGUCGAGGAAACGCACCGAGAUCAGUCUUCAUGCUGAACCCUUGCUGCCACUACGAUCUCCUGACCUGAGCGGGGCGGAGGCAUCCAGUACGCAUCGUCGGGAACAAAGCAUGAGCUCGGUCGGAAGCUCGUCUGUAUCACAGGAACGUAUCAGCCGGGAAUUGGAUCGUCGAAGCAUCGUCCGUCCUACUCCAGCUAAGGGUACAACCAUCUCUGCCAACGGGCGGCGUGUCUUCCAAGGCUCUCAUACGCGCACGUUGUCUCUUCUGUCUCCAGUAACAGUUCAGAGCCCAUCACUUGGCGGACCCGGCCCGUCAGAGGUUGAGCGUGUUGGCCGCGCCCCGCGGUCAGCUACGCUGCCAUCUGUUGAGCGUUACAAUGCCCCCAGUAUUGGAAUGCCGAUGGAUGAGAGUCAGGUGCCGGAGCACCUCCUUUCACAGUGGCGGAAGACCAUGCCGCCUCCAUCGCGCGAGGCACUCGUGCGUACGGGCAAACAGAUGGCUUCCGAUCUGCGCGAGGGUCUCUGGACAUUCUUUGAGGACAUCCGACAAGCAACAGUGGGUGAAGAGGGCAUCAACGCGACCGAAUCACGAACCAUGUCACCAUCCAACUCGUUAACACCGUCGAAUUCACGCAAGCGCGAUUCUUUGGCCAAAUCCCAAAGUCGAGACCGGCUAUCAGCCGCAGGUAGUGGUUCACGAUCUACAUCGUCAUCGUCGCGGGGGAGGAGGCCAGCGGCCGAUGCAUCAUCCGGUAAAGACUCCAAGCCGGCGGACAUUUCCUCGUCUUUCUGGCAUGAAUUCGGCGUUGAUUCACCAGCGCAGACGUCGACAGGCGCUCAUCGCAGUCCCUCCGACAACACAAUCGCCGCAACGACCCCACGGGGCGCGAACGAGUCCGAGCGAACAAAUCACCACUUCAGCAGUUCAGCCGCGGAGGAUGAAACAGCCGACAACUGGGAUAUAUGGGACACGCCGCUUUCCAAGUCCAAAAUAACGCAUACGCCCUCGUCCAGCCGGUCAACAGUAGAGUCCUCGAAGCAUGAACAGUCGCCCGGAACACAAAGUAGCAGUCCCCGAACGAGUGCCAGCUUUGGCGAAUGGAACCCUAGUUCCGCCGCCCCCGAUCCCAGCAUGACCGAAGGCAUCCCCUGGCCCACUAUCACCAAGCUGGCCCCGUCCAAGCUACAACGUACCGCUUCCAACCUCAUGGCUGAGUGGGAGCGAAGUCUCUCGCCUUCGCCGGAGCGAAAGGACUCGUCGUCCUCGUCCAGCUGGAGCAAGAGCAGCAAGAAGGACUGA